AUGGGUAACGGGGUGCAAGACUCUGGAAACCCCCUGGGUGAGCUUCCCAGAAGAUACUGGCAUAUGAGCCAGAAAUAUGACAGGCCACAAAGGACCGACGACUUUGGGAUAGAUUUGACAGCAGAUGUGCAUCGGUGGGAGAAUUGGAUCGUGAAGUUAACGUUUGAGAAACAAGGGAAUGUAAAGCACGGCAACGGAUUUUAUGUCAACGUUCCCAACGCCACCAACGAUGUCGUUCUCACGGCGGCGCAUAACCUCGUCGACGGGCCGCAGCAUUACUGUUCCAACAUCAAAAUCAUCCACGACCGCUACAAAGAAAAGAAAAACACAGAGGAAGAGGAGGAAAAGGAGGGGGAGGAUAUUGAGGUGACACCAGACAUGCUCAGAGUCUGCACUAGAUAUUUCGACGAACCCAACGAGGAUAACGCCAUAUAUGAUUACGGAGCCAUCCUCUUGAAACGGGACAGAUUAAAACGUAUACGCGGAUUCGGCUUCCACAUAAUGCUUGGUCUUGUACCUCCCCGAGGACUAGACGUGAAGUCCCCGGGCGAUGACGAUAAAGACGUGAUGCACGAUAAGGCGGUAAACGUGAGUGGCUAUAGACCGGAAGACUCGCCGCCACAGGAGCUGCCGAAACGGUCAGAAGGGAGGUGCGUUAGGGCCGGGGACUCUCAGCUACAAUACAACGCACAAACCGUGCAGGGCAUGAGUGGUGGACCGGUAUGGGUAGGCUAUCGUGGAAAGGAAACGGUAGUGGCAAUCCAUAACUAUGGAGCAGCGAAAGACGGCGAAGGAAACCAAGGUACACGGUUAAACCUCAAAGUAUGGCGUACCAUCUUUGAUUGGGUUGGUGUUGGCUGGUAUGGGAAAUCGCUCCAUUAUCGCGGUUCUAAGACCUACUCUAUGCAUCUAUACCUACCACCUAACCUACCACCUACAUCCUCGUUGAACAGAAACGAGGACGAAGGUCGAGUUCGUGUGGGCAAGCCAGGCCAGAUAGACUCGCUAUUCGAUAUCUUCCCAGUAGCGAUGGUACCUGGCUGCAAAGAAAAAGAUGCCUACUACGGUUUUAUUCUAAAAUCAGCGGACGCUAAAAGGAGCGGUCCAACUGCUAAGAACACCAGUCCCACGUGGGCUAGAUGGGAUCCUAGCAAGAACAAAGUGACCCCCACAAAGCAUUUUGACGCACGCUGCGAGGUAAAUAUCCCACAGGUUAUCAUCCAGCCGGGCAAGCCGUUCGAGAUACAGGCACGCGAUGGGAAAGACUUCAAGCAAGUGAAGAUGAGUAUGGAAUUGCUGGAUAAGGAAGACCUGGAGCUCCUAGGAGAUGACCCUACAAGCUACGAAGAUACAUCUGAGAUUUCGUUCGUGCCUGUUAAGAAGAAUAAGGCUCCUACGUCAGCCAGCGCCAGCGAGGUCCCACAAUAA